AUGAUUUAUCUACUGAAAGCUACUGACAGAACUAACUUAGUCUCCUAUGGACAUGAUUUAUUGAAUGUAACUGAGAAACUCUUGUCUAAACUGGUUUGGGAAACAGACACCUACAGCAACAUCAGCUUCUCUGUCCAAAAUCUGGAGGUUCAAGUUUUCAUGGUCGGACCUCAUGCCAACUUGAACACAACUCCGACACUCGUCACAAGCCACGUUUCUAUGGAUAUUGAUCUUGUUGGACUUUCAAUAGAAAAUAACGGAUCAGCUGCUGUGGCCUUUAUGACUUACAUCAAUAUGGAAAGCAUCUUUAAUCCGAAUUUCACCGUCACACUGACUGAAUCAAAAAAAACCCUGAUGUCUGCCAUGGUCUCUUGCUCACUUGUCAAUGUCAGGAACAAAAAGACAAUCAAACCAGUCAAUUUCACCAUAAAACACAUCAGAGAGUUGGGCCCUGGGUCCGUUCUGUCCUGUAUGGACUGGACAGUGCAGAAAAUGCCUAGUUGUUACAUCACAAAGAGCAACAGGACUCACACCGUGUGCACUUGUAAAGACAUUAUUAACUUUGCUCUCGUCAAGAUUCAAAUAUUUGCAUUUGUUCUGAAUGUCACCAUGAACAAAAUUCCCACAUUCAUCACAAGCCACGCAGCUCUGGAUAUUGAUCUUAUCGGGAUUUCAAUUGAAAAUAAAGAAUCAGCAGCAGUGACCAUCAUAAUCUACACCAAUAUGUCAGACAUCUUACAACCUAUCUUUAACACUUUUAUCCAAACAAAUAAAACUAUGAUGUCAGCUGUGGUAUCAGUCUCGCUUUCAGAAAUCACCAGUAAACACCUCAACAGACCAAUCAACAUCACCCUGAAACACACCAGUGCAUUAGAACCUGAAUCCAGUCUCUCGUGUGUGUACUGGAAGGACACAGAAUGGGUUGAACAUGGCUGUGACAUCAUACAGACUAACAGCAGUCACACUGUGUGCUCAUGUAAUCACCUGGCUACGUUUGCUCUCAUCAUGGAGACUGACCCAUGCAGAGUUAAUUUGACAGAACUUUGCAUAAUGAAUUUCCUGAAUGAGGUUCAGGACAACACAACUCAAGAAUUAACAAAGGAGGUUGUGGAACGUUAUUUGAACAUCAUAAUAAAACUUAUGAAUCGUGCGAAAAGCAACACUACUGAAAACAAUCUGAUGUAUUAUGGAAAUGCUGCAAUGGAUCUGAAUAAGAAACUGGUGUCUAAACUGGUGAAAAAAACAGAAACCUACAACGCUAGCAUCUCUGUUCAAAAUUUAGAGGUUGGAGUUUUAAUAGUGGUCGACUCUGAUGCUUUCUUCAUUUCCCAACUCAGCACAAAUGAUGCUACCUUGGAAAUCGAUCUCAUUGGGCUUUCAAAGAAUAAUAAAGGCUCAGCUGGUGUGGCCUUCAUGAGCUACACCAAUGUGAAAGACAUCCUGAAGCCUAAAUUCUUCAACACGGAUGCUAACACUGUGAAAACCAUGAUGUCUACUGUGGUGUCAGCAACACUUCUUAAAACCGCUAACACAUAUCUCUCCAAACCAGUCACAUUUACCUUCAAACACAUCGGUUGGGAGAAAGACAAAUGGGUUAAAGAUUUCUGUGUUGUUACAAAGACUAACAGCACUCACACUGUGUGCUCUUGUGAUAAUCUGUCAGUGUUUGCUCUCAUCAUGGAGCUCAUUCCAUGUAAGACACUAUUUGGAUCCAUUGUGUCACUGCAAUGUUGGGAUGUUUUGAACAAGACAGUGUUUAGGGGAAUAGAAGUGUUCUUCCUGACCUUGUGUCUACUGACAUUUGCUUUUUUUUGCCAAAACCCAAAAGACACCAACACGGCUCUAAUAAACCUGUGUUUAAACCUCUUGCUGUUUCACCUCACAGACUUGCUAAAACCGCUUUAUCAGAUCCAUCUACAACCACCGCAAGCCUGUGCAGUAAUGGCAGGCAUACGAUGGUUCUUCUUUAUUUCUGCAUUUGUGUGGAUGUUCAUUGAGACUGUGCUGAUCUUCCUACUUGUGAAGAACCUCUCAAAGAUCCGAUCAAACCAGAGGGAGGUGCUUAGCAUGAAAUGGAUAAAUAUGAUUGGUUACCUCGUUCCCGUGGCUGUGGUGAUUGUGUGUGAACUAGUUAGCCCGCAGAAAUCUGUUAAUGAAAAAUGCUGGGAAAAUUACAAUUCUUUAAAAUCACUGAGCUUUGACAUACCUAUCCUUUUUAUUGUCACAUCAAACAUGAUUCUCUACAUCUUCAUUAUCAUCAUGAUGAUUUUCACCCUGAAACGCCUCAAAAAUGAAAACUUGCAGAGGAAUAACACUGAUGAUAAAGCUCUCAUAAUACGCGUUAUGAUUAAAAGCCUGGCACAGUUUGUUGUCCUUGGCUGUUACUGGAUAUUCGUGUAUAUCCCCAGAAAUGAUGGGAUUUUAAACAACAUCUUCCUGUUUCUCAACUACCAGCAGGGCACCUUCAUCUUCCUUGUUCACUGUCUCCUUAACCAUGAGGUCAGGCAGCAGUACAGGAAGUUUGUGUGUGUUUGUUUCUGCUUUAAAAAGCUUGACACGACCACAGAAGUUGAAGAGACACAUCAGUGA